GACAUGGCCAACUAGCAAGUUGUCAAAAUGUCGAGUAACCAUGCCUAUUUGACAAUUGGCCAAGUGAUUGCCUAGUCCCAAAGUCCAAACCACUAAAACGUGCUUUCUCCCUCAUUAAACCCAACAAAUUAUAUUACUUUACUUCAUAGUCCGUACCACCUUUCUCCUACCGCCAGUCCACCACCACCAGGCCUCAACUUCUUCCAGAUCUAUCACCCCCUCUCCUCAAAUUCUUCACACCAAAUUCAAACUCCCCUGCAAUUCCCAAACGCAUUUCCAAUUUCAUGCCAUCGAAUUAUCCAAUUGAUUGAUUGAACUCGAAAAGAUGUGGAGUUCGAUUGCUGAUUUGAAAGAAAACCUAAAUAAAAUUGCACUUGAUGUCCACGAUGACGACGACGACGACGAAGAAGAUGAACUCUCGAUCCAUGGCUACGAUUCUCCCUACUCUGAUCGCAGGCGUUCACACAGUCUUGCUCAUUCCAAACCGCCUUCAGAUUCUCCGAUUAUGUCGAAUGGAAACGAUUCUCCGUACGUUUCCGAGAUUGAGCGGUAUAAAACGGAGAUUAAGAAGCUUAGGGAUUCUGAGGCGGAAAUUAAGGCACUCUCAGUCAAUUAUGCAGCUUUGCUGAAAGAAAAAGAGGGUCAUAUAGUCAGACUGAAUCAAGAAAAUGGCUCAUUAAAACAAAAUCUGGAAGUAACAAAUGCUGCCCUGAGUACAACACGUAGUGAAGCUUCCAGAGCAUCAACAAGUAGUUUGAACAUGCUGAAGGGAAGUGGAGAGCAAUCUCCCAACCGUCAGAACAAGCAUGGAACUUCAGCACGAAAUCGUACUAGUGGAAACCAGUGGCAAAAUGGCGUUGUCACUAAACAGGAUGGGAACAGUAAUGGUUUUUUACAUACAAAUCAAGCUGAUUCAGCAUCCAAAUAUCCAAUUCCAGGUCAUGAAAAGGAGCCUGCAGAUAUGUUAGAAGAGAAAAACAGGCUGCUGGCUGCUAUGCAGAAUGAUCACGAGUUACAGAUGAAAAAAUUGAGAGGGGAAUUGGAAAAAGAGCAUGAAGCAUUGGUUAAUACAAAAAUCAAAUUGCAAGAUGAAGUAAAGAUGAGUGGGUCUUUAACAGAGAAGCUCAAGAUGUUGAAAUCGGGACAUAAUGAAGCAUCAUUCAAGGCGAAUAAGCUACGCCAAGAGGUGGAUGAAAAAGAAUCUGAAAUAAAACGAUUACAAAUGGAGCUUCAUAGGAGGCAGAAUGAAGGAACAGAUGAUACAGACGGUCUGAGAAGAGUAAUAUCAAACCUGGAGAAGGAAAAUAUUGAGCUAAAGGCGGAGAAGGAAAAGCUUGAAUCUGCACUUAAACAUACUUCUGAAGCAGGGAAGUUGCAGUCUAGCAGUUUGGGUGAGGGUGGACAUGCAUCUGCAAGCUUACCUAGUAAAGUUGAAUUGGAGCAUUCUCUUCAACAGAUUGAGAAGGAACUUAAAGAAACACGUCGAGAAAGGGAUAAAGCCAAGCAGGAGCUUGCUCGUCUUAAGCAACACCUACUAGAUAAGGAAUUGGAAGAAUCAGAAAAAAUGGAUGAGGAUAGUAAAAUUAUUGAGGAGCUUCAACAGCAUGUUGAAUACCAAAAAGCUACAAUCAUAAAUUUUGAAAGAGCUCUGGGGCAAGCACGUACAAGUCAGGAAGAGAUCAAGAUGAUGAAAGAUCAUGAACUACAGAAGUCAAAAGAAAUAAUUGAGGACUUGAAGAAGAAGCUUGCUAGCUUCAUGAGUGCCAUUGAUGCCAAAAACACAGAAAUUUUGAACUUGCAAACUGCUCUUGGACAAUACUACGCCGAAAUCGAAGCUAAGGAGCGUUUGGAAAGCGACCUAUCUCUAUCCCGAGAGGAGUGUUCAAAACUUUCACAAUGCUUGCAGGAAUCACAGCGGCAAGUUGAAGUAUCAAACAAGGAAAAGGAAGACAUUUUAGACAAGCUUGCACAAGCAGACAAUUUAGUAGCAGAAUGGAAGAAUCGGGUAAAUAAGCUUGAGGAAGACAAUGCGAAACUACGGCGUGCACUAGAGCAAAGUAUGACAAGGCUCAAUAGGAUGUCUGUGGAUUCUGACUUUCUAGUCGACAGGCGCAUUGUCAUCAAGUUGCUUGUGACAUACUUUCAGAGAAACCACAGCAAAGAGGUUCUUGAUCUCAUGGUUCGCAUGCUGGGAUUUUCAGAAGAUGACAAGCAGCGGAUAGGUGCUGCUCAGCAAGGAACUGGAAAAGGUGUAGUUCGUGGUGUAUUGGGUUUGCCAGGCCGCUUUGUUGGUGGGUUUAUGGGUGGAGGUUCUCCAGGGACACCUACAAAUACAGCUUCAGAAAAUCAGUCCUUUGCAGAUCUAUGGGUUGAUUAUCUUCUUAAAGAAUCUGAAGAGAGAGAGAAGAGAGAAUCCACAGAAUCUACUGAAGGAUCGAAGGGAGAUGUUAAUGGUAGCAGUCCAAGCACCUCAGCUGCUCCUUCUGCUUUGCCUGAGCGAAGAGCAAGCUCUAGCGGAAGACCUCCUAUCUUUUCUCCCAUAAAUCCAUCUAUUGAUACAUCAAGAUCACUAUAUUCCGCUCAGAGCUCUAGACCGUAUGAUAAUCCUGCUUCUGAGUUCUCCACAGUUCCUCUUACACCUUCAGGCAAGCAGUUCCCUUAGCUGCGAAGCUGUUGCCUGAAUACAAAAUGUCAUGUGUAAUUAGCCAAAAGGUAAAAGUUUUUGUUUUAUUCUUUUUGUUGUUUUGGUUGUGUAAUCUUUAAUUCAUUUAUAAUAUUGAUUCAAUUGCAAAUAGAUCCUCAUUAUAUUUCUUAUGUAGAUGAUAUAGCCAAACUUCAAACUGAUUUGUAUCACAAUUUUUCAUUUAUUCACAAUAAGGUCUCAUAGAGUGGUUAUCCCCAA